UCCAACAAGUUAACAAAGGUUCUAAAAAUAGAGCCAACUUUUCCUCGCCUGCGGUCUGGCGCCGCCUCUGCGCCGAGCGUAGUUGCAUUAAGAGGUGGCACAAAAACUGCUAAUCCACACAAGAGGUGUGUGCUUGCACUGACACUUUCCUCGCUGAUGCCGAUUCGCUUGAACCAUUUACAAAUCCCAGUCCUCGACAGGCGUGUGUGUGCGUGCUAUUCUAUCAACAGGCUGAAAAGUUACUAGUUCCAACACGUGUGCAUUCUCCCGGAUCUCAUUAAUGGGAUUAGUUGUUUUGAGGGCAGCUGGACACUGAGCUGGUGUCUGGAGGCCGGAUGGACAACAUGUCUCCUCAGCAUCAACAGGACAGACUGAGCCGGGCCGCAGAAAAAAGCGACAACAGACGGCGGAUGAAGUCCCAAAGUGUUCGACGCCAGUCCGCCCCUGCUUUGGUCAUCAGCAAGGCUCUGGCCAGGUCCAAGACGCUUUCCAGAGAGAGUCUCUCAGUUCCCGUGUUCCAAGAAACAUGCUCUUUGGUCCAGUCCUUCCUGAAAGUGCCCAACAGGUCGUUUCUCCUGCACGGGCACACUCAGCUGAAGACCGGCAUGCAGACUCAGGACAGACACCUCUUCCUCUUCACAGACAUCCUGGUGAUCGCCAAAGCCAAGUCAGCCAACCAGUUCAAACAGAAGGCGCAGGUGUGUGUGAGCGAGAUGUGGACAGCGAGUUGCAUGGAGGAUGUGUGUGAGGGAAGCACCUGCCCCGACAGGAGCUUCGUCUUGGGCUGGCCCACCUGCAACUCUGUCGCCACGUUCAGCUCGGUGGAACAAAAAGACCACUGGCUGGCUCUCCUCAAAAGGCGCAUUAAAGAGGAAAAAGAGAAGGAAGAACCUAAAACCAUCCCUCUCAGGGUGUAUGGGAAGGGACUCAACACUUACGCUGUGACCAAGACUUUGCCAGUCAGUAACUCGGAUUCCACCGCUGAAGUGAUCCGACUGGCCCUGCAGCAGUUUAGCAUCAUUGGCAAUGUGAAGGACUACCAACUGUGGAUCCUCUCCAAGAGGGACAACACGCCUUAUCCUCUCAUUGGUCACGAGUUCCCCUUCAGCAUCCACAUGAGUCACGCCCGACAAGUGUCGUCACAGACUGCCACCUCGCCCGAAGACCGAGAGAGGGUGCUACUGGCGGAACAGCUGCAGGUGCGCAAGCGCUGCCAGUUCAUCCUGAAACCCCGCCCUCCUGAGGAACCGCUUCAAAAGCAGGUGGUGGCAGAUUUCUCCCAGAAGCCACUGAAAAGGAGGCGAUCCUUAAUCACUUGGGCCUUCCUGCGAGGAUCCUCCCCUCAGCUGGAGACGUCCACGGGGAUCACGGCACAGGGCUGCUUGUUCGGUCGGCCCCUCAGCACCGUGUGCGUAGAGGGCGCUUUGCCAAAGCCUGUCAUGGACAUGCUGAUCUUCCUGUAUCACGAGGGCCCGUGGACGCGGGGCAUCUUUCGACGGCCCGCAGGCGCUCGCGCUGUCAGGGAGCUGAGGGACUCAAUGGAUGCCGGACAGUUUCUUCUUCCCCUGACACGGGACCACAUCUUCAUCAUCGCCGGAGUCUUCAAAGAUUUCCUGCGCAACAUCCCUGGCAGCCUGCUGUGCUGUGAUCUGCAUGGAGAGUGGAUGGACGUGUUGGAGGAAGAAGAGGCGCAGCAAGAGCGAGUGCAGGAGAUACAAAGAAUGAUGGGUAGGCUACCCAAAGGCAACGCUCUGCUUCUGCGCCACCUGCUGGCCGUGCUGCAGCGUAUCCAUGGUAAUGCUCAAGAGAACCAGAUGACCAGUUUUAACUUGGCGGUGUGCAUCGCUCCCAGCAUGCUUUGGCCCCCCGGAGCGCUGUGCAGCCCAGAGGCGGAGAAUGAAGGAACCAGGAAGGUGUGUGACUUGGUGAAGUUCAUGAUAGACCAGUGCCAGCAGAUCAUAGGAGAGGAACCAUCCUCACUCUUUGGAGCUUUUCUACAAACACUCACCGCUGAGGAGGAGACAGGACUUGACAAGUGGACAUAUCCCCUGACCGACUCGUCCUACGACAGUCUGGAGAACGAGUUGGACACCAGCAGCGGCGGCUCACCCAGUUUUUGCGGCCGACGUCUGAGAUCCAAACCGGGGAGUCUGGACUCGGUCCUAACAUGCAGCGACUACGACCAGGACACGGACGCCGACACGCAGAAAAGCACCUGGCAGCUGCUGAGGAGAAGCCGAGGGCGGAGGCUGCACCGUCCCGGCCGGGACACGCCCACCGCCGACACCCCGGACUCCCUCUCCCCGCAAAGCGUGCACAGACAGCGGCGACGUUCAGAACCGGCGCUGGCGUACGCGGCCAAGAUCCGGUUGGGCUUAUCCGUGAGCACGGACGACCUCGCAGGAGAGGACAAAGGCGAGCGUCCCUCAAAGCCAGAGGCGGGGCUUCUGCAGCGGUGCAGGAGGUCAAUGGAAGCCAGCUCCUCCAGCCUGUCCUCCAACCCCAACUCUCCUGCACCGCCACAGAGCUUCCUGUUAGGCAGACCACAAGCGACCAGAAUGUGUCCUCCCUCCACCCCCUGCGUCCCCGCGGCGACAUGCGGCAGAGACGGGCAGUGGGGGACCUUGAAAGGUCUUCAUCCAAACUCUUGGCUGAGGAAAGACCGCCGAUUGUCUUUAAAUCAGCAGGAAAGUUUGGAGAAGAACUCUCACACCACUGAUGAUUAUUAGUAUCAUUCACUAUUACUUUCUAAUUAGUACGUUUAAUAUGCACUUAGUUGUCAUCAAUGCUUUUGAGGCCUGAUAUUGAACAUCACAGCAACACGGAUGCCCCCCAGUGGACAUUUUGAUGUACUGCACAUUGUUUACUAUUCAACUCAAUUGUUUUAGAGCAGGGGUCACCAACCUUUUUGAAACCAAGAGCUACUUCUUGGGUACUGAUUAAUGCAAAGGGCUACCAGUUUGAUACACAAAUAAAUUGCCAGAAAUAGCCAAUUUUCUCAAUUUACCUUAAAUAUACUGUAUAUAUAUUUAUAUAAAAAAAAUUGGUAUUUCAGUGUCAAUCUGUCGUACCUUUUUUUUUCUUUUUAUGGAAGGUUUUUUUGUAGAGAAAAAAUUAUGAAAAAGACAAUUUAACGGUUUAAAAGAGGAGAAAACACGAAAGAAAUGAAAAUUACAUUUUGAAACAGUUUAUCAUCAAUUUUGACUUAAAAUUCAACCCAAAAAAAGAAGAGAAAAAGUAGCUAAUUCAAAUAUUUUUGAAAAAAUUUAAAAAAUAAUUUAUGGAACAUCAUUAGUAAAUUUUCCUGAUUAAUAUUCAUUUUAAAAUUUUGAUGACAUGUUUUAAAUAGGUUAAAAUGUAAUCUGCAUUUUGUUAGAGUAUAUAACAAAUUGGACCAAACUAUAUUUUUAACAAAGACAAAUCAUUAUUUCUUCUAGAUUUUCCAGAACAAAAAUUUUAAAAGAAAUACAAAAGACUUUGAAAUAAGAUUUAAAAUUUUAAAGAUUUUCUAGAUUUGCCAGAUUUUUUUGAAUUUUAAUCAUAAGUUUGAAGAAAAAUUUCAAAAAUAUUUUGUUGAAAAAAAAAACAGAAGCUAAAAUGAAGAAUUAACUUAAAAUGUAUAUUAUUCUUUACAAUAAGAAAAAUAUACUUGAACAUUGAUUUAAAUUGUCAGGAAGGAAUUUAAAAAGGUAUAUGUGUUUAAAAAUCCUAAAAACAUUUUUAAGGUUGUAUUUUUUCUCAAAAAUUGUCUGAAAGUUAUAAGAAGCAAAGUAAAAAAAUAAAUGAAUUUAUUUAAACAAGUGAAGACCAAGUCUUUCAAAUAUUUUCUUGGAUUUUCAAAUUCUAUUUGAGUUUUGUCUCUUUUCGAAUUGAAAAUGUUGAGCAAAGUGAGACCAGUUUGCUUGUAAAAAAAUACAAUUUAAAAAAAUUGAGGCAGCUCACUGGUAAGUGCAGCUAUUUAAGCUAUUUUUAGAACAGGCCAACGGGCUACUCAUCUGGUGGUCCUUACGGGUUACCUGGUGCCCGCGGGCACUGCGUUGGUGACCCCUGUUUUAAACACAUCAUUCAAGAGUUACUUCUCCCCUCAGUUAUUUUAAUUUUGUAUAAAAAGCAGCGUCUGCAGUGGACAGGGGCGACUAAGCUCCCUGCCUCUUGACAUCCAAAUCGCUGCUGUUGUGCCCUUGGGCAGGACGCUUCACCCUUGCCCCCAGUGCCGCUCACACUGGUGAAUGAAUAAUGAAUAAUGGGUGGUGGUCAGAGGGGCCAUAGGUGCAAACUGGCAGCCUGGCUUCAGUCAGUCUAGCCCAGGGCAGCUGUGGCUAUGAAAGUAUCUUCCCACCACCAGCUGUGAAUGAAUGAUGGCUUCUCACUUCUCUGUGAAGUGCUUUGAGUGUCGAGAAAAGCGCUAUAUAAAUGUAAUCUAUUAUUUCAUUUGUCUUUAUUUUGUCAUGAAAUUAGGGGAAAGAAAUAGCUUAUCGAUACAACAGCUUGUCAAAGAUCAUCUAUAUCAUGGUACUUGACAAACUAUCUGCUUCUCUUCUGUGGGCUGCAGCAGUUGUAAUACACGUUUCAACCACUAGUGGCAGUAAUGAUAUCAAACUGAAGUAGUCUGCCGCUAAAGUCAUAGAAGUUUUUAAAGCGCAAAAACUAUAAAGUGGUGAAGCUGUAUUUUCAUUUGCACUUUAAUUUAGACAGUUUAUUCAUUGGUAAUUUACUGUAAAUGUUUUUAAUUUUGCACUGUGUAAUGUUGUAAGUAGUUGUUAUGAAUCCUUUCUUUUGCAGUAUAGGGAAUUAGUAUUUAUUUUUGUAAUCAGCCUGACCUAAGCCUUGAUAAUAUUUGUGAUGAACACAAGGUUUCCUAUCACUUGCCAAGGUUGUCAGAGGUCAAGAAUGUUUAGAAGCCCUGAUCUCCAUGAGUGAUUUUAGGUCGAUUCCACGUUUUUUUAAACUGAACUCGUCAGUUGAAUAUUUUUGGUGUAUUCUCUGCAUUACAUUCUUGCUUCUGUAUUUGAAGUUUGUUCUUAAAAUAAAUAAAGCUUGUAU